AUGGAGGCUGUGAUAGAGGGAAAGGAAGAGCCAGCGAAGAAUGGUGAUGGAGUCAAAAUCCGAAAUGCUGAGCAAACCAAAUCCAACAAACCUAAACCAGCUGCUCAUGUGGAGGACAUGGCAGAUGAUGCUGAUGAGAACAAGACUGUCACUGAUGUUGGGAGUAAAUUUAUGAACAAAGAAACACUUAAAGAAGAUGGGCUGAGUGCGAGUGUCAAUGGUGCAGAUCCGAGUGUUAUGGUUCUCGAUAAUCAAAAACCACCAGAAAAUUAUGUUGCGCUUGAGAAAGCUAAACAAGAGGAGAAGAGGCAGGCAUCUAUUAUACGAGCAAAAAGUGAGAGGCUUAAGAAGCCGGCCCCGACAAAGAGGUCACCAUUCUUCGGGAACAAAAUUGCUAAGCGCACUCACAUGGAUGCUGCGUUGAAUAUGCUGAGGAAACAGUACAAGGCUCAUCUAGAGUGGUUUAGGAGUGACAAAAUUUGCAUCCUCGACACUACUCUAGGCAACAUAUGGAAUAUGAGGUACCAUGACUUUGUUGACUUCCCUGCCAAUGAAGACGUGACUGGAAGAAAGCUACCAGGUGGGUCGUGGGAUUACUAUACAGGUCAAAUACCCGAGUAUGAAAAAAUAGAGAAGACGUGGGGGACUGAAGUGGAGGACAUAUAUUCUCCAUUAAAUGUCAAAAAGGAUCAUUGGGUGGCUUUGUGGAUUUCACUCCCAAAGAGACACAUUGUUGUCUGGGACUCUAUAUGUACCUAUGCAUCUGAUGAGCAUAUCGAAGAGAAGGUCAAGCCCAUUGCCAUGAUGUUACCUUAUCUAAUUCACAUUUCAUGUGCAGCAGAAGACAGAUACAAGUGGCCAAUAGCCCCAUUCACGUAUGAGAGGGUGGCUAAAGUACCACAAAACAAGCAAGAUGGGGAUUGUGGAGUGUAUACACUGAAGUACAUUGAAUGCCACGCUCUCGGCUAUCCAUUUAGUUCUGUUGCCUUGUGUGAUGCGAAAAUCAAGCGUAUUAGGGACAAGCUUAGGGCUGAGAUAUUCAUGGAGACUGAAUUUCGUGGGACAGACCCGUCAACGUAUAAAGACUUGGACCUUUAUGACUAA